GUUCAAACCACCGCCAGCAGCAGGAGCUCGUCCGUUCCUAGCAGCUUGUACAAGUCGGCCUCGACGGCUACACCGACCACUACGACUAUCAAGCUGUGGUUUCUCCGUUUCUGCUACUUCUGAACCGAAUACCAGUAUCUAUUCAUCGAAAGUCAGAGCUUUGCUCUUCAAAUACACUGGCUGGGAUGCUAUUCGACGAAUGGGUCCUUACGCGGCCAUGGCUGCCGCCACCAGCCCUGUCGACUUGGCUCGUGCUGUAGCCGCAAAAUUCGGGCUUCCUUACGGAAAGAUGUAUGAGCCUCUUAGAAUGCAGGCUGUAUAUUAUCCUGCAUGGAUUCUUGAUGCCCAGCUACAUGCAACUCUCGAAGAAACCCACUUGCCCGCUGAAGAGCGAUCAGACCCACAGUGGAAGUUUCAAUUUCUCCAUUCGUAUAUGCCGGGCCAUACCCUCGAUCCUCUUUCCACCAUUUCCUUCAACUUCGGGUCAUCAUCUGAGACUCCGUGGAGCGAGCCACCAGCACUCGAAAAAUGGGAAGACAGCCUCAAACGUCAACAUGACGUUGACAUCACUACUCUACCCUUCACCGUGAAUCCCCUGGACGGCAUUACUGCCGAGUUGAAGCAUCGUAUCGAGACAUCCCUCGAGGUUGAUGGAAAUAAGUCCAUUGGGUGGGUUAGGCAUCCCGUUGUUGAAUAUAUUGCAGCACAUCCCGUCUUGAUCCCGCUUUAUCUCGUUGAGUAUGGAUCGAACCGCCCUGAAGAAACAUUCACGCUCGUAUACGAGGCGCAUACCGGACAAUACUACACCACUGAUCAGCUCCCCAAGGAUUUAGAAGGCCUCCGCCAGUGGCGAAAGACGGGCGACGCGCCGUACAAGCCUCCUCAGCCCGUGAACCUGCCACCAUUAGAAUCGUUCGAUCCUUGGGUCGGAACGUUAGGCGAUACGCCCAUUCCUGUUCUCGAGGGGUUCAGAUCGUUCCUCAAGCAGAUACUACACGAACAAGUGCAUGGGCCACUUCACUCAGCGAAAAUAUUGAAAUCGUGUGCGGAGAUUCCUGUGAACAUGGAUGAUCCUCGGGUCAGGCCAUACGAGCAACAGGGAGAUGAAGAGGUCGAGCGUUGGAUGAACGCAUACGUGAUGGCAACGAUUCUGAAGCGUGCAAUUAAGAUUCAAGAACACAACAGCCUAGACUUUCGACCACCUGUACCGCCUGUUAACAGGAAGCAUACGGUUGACUUUGCGUUCGUAUCCUUGAACGCGGAGAAGAAUCAGAAUAAGUUAGCGGAAUUGAUGGAGAAGGUGGAGAAGGGGAAGCCAAAAUGGUACGAGGAAUGGUCGGAAGCGAUGGAGCAGCAGAAGAAGGAUGGAGAGAGCUCGAAAGAGGGUGGGAAGACGACUUGAAGUUGGUAGGAGUGGAAUGUUAGAUCGGCAGUCGUUCGCGGCUUUCAUAGACUUCAGUGCAGCCAUGUCAAGCUGAAGGAUUCUUGAUCGUUUGCCAACC